UCACUGUUCAGCGCCCAGUGGCCGGGCUUCUCCCGGCUCGGGUUGGAGCCGCGGCCUCGAUGUCCUUUCCGCGGUGUGCCCUGCUGUGGGCUCGGCUCCCGGCGGGGCGCGGGGCUGGGUCCCGGGCGGCCACCCGCUCCGCCCUUCGCGCCCUCGUGGGGCCUUUCCCCGGGGCUCCAGGACGCGUUCCCUGCCUAGCCGCCUCCUCCUCUGCCUCCGGGGGCUCCAAAGCCCCGAACACGUCCUUGUUCGUGCCGCUGACAGUGAAGCCUCAGGGUCCCAGCGCCGACGGCGACGUGGGUGCCGAGCUCACUCGGCCUCUGGACAAGAACGAAGUAAAGAAGAUCUUAGACAAGUUUUAUAAGAGGCAAGAAAUUCAAAAACUGAGUGCGGACUAUGGACUUGAUGCCCGACUCUUCCACCAAGCUUUCAUAAGCUUUAGAAAUUACAUUAUGCAAUCCCACUCCCUGGAUGUGGACGUUCACAUUGUCUUGAAUGAUAUCUGCUUCAGUGCAGCUCACGUGGACGACUUAUUUCCAUUUUUCUUGAGACAUGCCAAACAGAUAUUUCCUGUAUUGGAAUGCAAGGAUGACCUCCGUAAGAUCAGUGACUUGAGGAUCCCACCCAACUGGUACCCAGAAGCCAGAGCCAUACAACGGAAGAUAAUAUUCCACUCUGGCCCCACCAACAGUGGAAAGACUUACCAUGCAAUCCAGAGAUACUUGUCAGCGAAAUCUGGAGUGUACUGUGGCCCUUUGAAACUGCUGGCACACGAGAUCUUUGAUAAGAGUAAUGCUGCUGGAGUACCAUGUGACUUGGUGACAGGUGAAGAGCGGCAGACAGUUGAGCCUGAGGGGAAACAAGCCACCCAUGUCUCUUGUACUGUGGAGAUGUGCAGUGUUACAACUCCUUAUGAAGUGGCUGUGAUCGAUGAAAUUCAGAUGAUUAGAGACUCAGCCAGAGGAUGGGCCUGGACCAGAGCACUGCUAGGACUCUGCGCUGAAGAAGUCCAUUUGUGCGGAGAAUCUGCUGCUAUUGACCUGGUCACUGAGCUUCUGGACACAACUGGUGAGGAGGUAGAGGUUCACAAAUAUGAAAGGCUUACCCCCUUUUCUGUGCUGGAUCAUGCACUGGAGUCUUUAGAUAAUCUUCGGCCUGGGGACUGCAUUGUCUGUUUUAGCAAGAAUGAUAUUUAUUCUGUGAGCCGACAGAUUGAAAUUCGGGGACUGGAAUCCGCUGUCAUAUAUGGCAGCCUCCCACCUGGGACCAAACUUGCUCAAGCACGAAAGUUUAAUGACCCCAGUGAUCCAUGCAAAAUCCUGGUAGCUACAGAUGCCAUUGGCAUGGGACUUAAUUUGAGCAUAAGGAGAAUUAUUUUUUACUCCCUUAUAAAGCCCAGCAUCAAUGAAAAGGGAGAGAAGGAGCUAGAGCCAAUCACCACCUCCCAAGCUCUGCAGAUCGCUGGCCGAGCCGGCAGGUUCAGCUCCCACUUUAAGGAGGGAGAGGUCACAACAAUGCACCGGGAGGACUUGGCUUUGCUGAAGGAGAUUCUGAACAGACCUGUGCCUCCCAUACAGGCAGCUGGUCUUCACCCCACUGCUGAGCAGAUUGAGAUGUUUGCCUACCAUCUCCCUGAGACAACGCUGUCCAAUCUCAUCGAUAUUUUUGUAGACUUUGCACAAGUUGAUGGGCAGUAUUUUGUCUGCAAUAUGGAUGAUUUUAAGUUCUCUGCAGAGUUGAUCCAGCAUAUUCCACUAAGUCUGCGGGUGAGGUAUGUGUUCUGCACGGCCCCCAUCAACAAGAAACAGCCUUUUGUCUGCUCGUCCCUGUUACAGUUUGCCAGGCAGUAUAGCAGGAAUGAGCCCCUGACCUUUGCUUGGUUACGCCGGUACAUCAAGUGGCCUUUGCUUCCGCCUAAGAAUAUUAAAGACCUCAUGGACCUUGAAGCUGUCCAUGAUGUCUUUGAUCUCUACCUGUGGCUAAGCUACCGAUUUAUGGAUAUGUUCCCGGACUCCAGCCUCGUUCGAAAUCUCCAGAAAGAACUGGAUGUCAUUAUCCAAGAUGGUGUGCACAACAUCACCAAACUGAUUAAAAUUUCUGAGUCACGCAAGCUUUUGAAGCUGGAGAGCCUAUCUUCAGGGAGCCAGUCAACUUUGUCAGGAGCCUUAAAGAGCCCGGCAAGAAGGACACGUGGCACCAAAGGUGCUGGGGGUAAAGCGGCAGAGGCACCCAGCCCCGGCGCCGGGGAGCUGCCCCUCGCCUCCAGGCUGGUGCAGCAAGGACUCCUCACUGCAGACAUGCUGAAGCAGCUCCAGAAAGAGUGGCUGACACAGCGACCAGAGCAGGGCAGAGAGAAGGCCGGGACAAGAAGGAAGAAGAAGGACCCCAACUCCGAAUAGGUUUUUUAACUUUGCAAAUAAAAUCGAUAUUAAAUCCUUA